ACAACCACACUGUGAUAGCUGGUUUCAACCAAUAGAGGGCACCAACGUACUAAAAUGAAUCCUAGUUUUGUAGUUGUUAGAUAUUCAUUUGUGCCAAAAUAUAUUAUCAGGUAUUCAGACAUUAUUAUAAUUUUUUCAGCACUUCACAUAUCUUUAACCCAGCCUGGAAAAAAACAGGAAAGAAAGAGAAGAUUGCAAUAAAGAGGCAUGUAGUCCAUAACUAUAAUUUGAAUUCUGUCAUGAAUUAAAACAAAAAACAGUGUGUUGUUUCUAAAUAUUAAUGAUGUCAAAGGGAUGACAUUGCCUUUCUUUAAGAGCAAAACUUGGCAACAGUGCAUCCACAAAAGGUCAAUAAAGUGCUAUGAGAUAAAAAAAAAAAAAAAAAAGUGCAGUUGUAAGCUCAUUAUCCAUGAACUCAUUAGUGAGUAUAAGUCCUUCACACUGCACAAUGAUGCUCUAAUGAUUUUUCAUUAAGGUCUGCUCCUUCAGACUGGAGCACUUUGGUCUGUCAGAGCUCAUCAAGGUUGGAGGGACACGCCCUUAACUUUGGAGAGACGGUGCAGUAGGUGCAUGUGCUCCUCAGCUGGGUUGCCAGUCUCUCUCUGUAUAGUAUAGUAGAGGGGGGAGAAAAACGAUUCAGGGUGGGAACUUAUACAUCAGUGCUCUUCGCCUCUUCUUUUUGGUGCAUCCUCCAUUUGUCGAGCUGCUGUAUUUCCCUCCACCGUGGUCCGGACUCAGGACUCGGAGACUAGGGGAUCCCACCUGCCCCGGAGAGAAGACACACACACACACCUCGGGAUGGAUGCACUCAAAUCCGCCGGAAGAGCGAUUAUCAAGAGCCCCGGAGUCCCGCGGCACACAUGGGGAACUUCCAAGCACGAAAAGCUGCCAGAGAACUGGACGGACACCAAGGAGACGCUGCUGGAGGGCAUGGUGUUCAAUGUGAAGUACCUGGGUAUGACGCUGGUGGGCCAGCCCAAAGGAGAGGACAUGGCCUCGGCUGCCAUUCGCAGAAUUGUUGCCACGGCCAGAGCCGGUGCUAAGAAGUUUCGGAAAGUGACGUUGACGGUCUCGCCGAAAGGCAUCAUCAUGACGGACACAGAGACUACAGACCUCAUAGAAAAUGUCUCCAUAUACAGAAUCUCGUACUGCACAGCAGAUAAAACUCAGGAUAAGGUCUUCGCAUACGUCUCUCAGAGUCAGUUCAACGAGACCCUGGAGUGCCAUGCAUUUCUCUGCCAAAAGAAGAAGAUCGCUCAGGCUGUGACAUUAACGGUAGCCCAGGCCUUUAAAGUCGCCCUCGAUCUUUGGGAGAUUGCUCAGGAAGACAAAAGCAAGAAGGCCAGGACCUGCUGUUCUUGUGCAGCAAGCAAAGGGCAGACGGAGACAACAGACACUCAGUGUGUUCCAGCAGAUCCAGAGGCACGCAAGCCUGUCGGGAUGGAGGAGAAGCUCCGGAGGCCCUUCUUCUCUGCUUCGCUCAGCUCGCCCUCGCCUCGCAGUAACCCCCUUCGGAGGCGGCCAAUCAAACACGACUCUUGGGACGUGGAGGAUGGACUCGAUGACGCCUUCUCAAGCAACAUGGAAGUAGAGGAGAUGGACACUGACUGGCCGAGCCCUGCUCCGAACCCGUCUCUGACAAUGCAGCUCUGAGUCUUGGCGAGGUCCCCGACGGGAAUCUGUUGUCUCUCUGCAACAAUGAAUUUAAAUAACACGCGCCGGCAAUAACUGCCCAAUUUACCGUACAGCUCCACAGAAAAUAGACAGAAACCAUACCAGAGGCCAGCAAAACAAAACGGCAUACAUCACUUGAACAGACAGGAAAAUAUACCACGCUUCCCGAUGCACAACCUGAGAGGAGAGGCUCUGUUUGAUUUCCUGUGGCUGCUGCAGAGAAGACAGAAUGGAUACCCUGAUAUUAUAAACUACUAUUUCUGUGAAUGCCUGCCAGUCAACACAAACUCUACUCAGUGUAAACAGCCAUCUUCAGCCAAACUCUCACAAACUGCCAGAUGAAAGACAAUGCACACAAUGUGGAAUACAACGCAGCGAGACAAGCAAGAAUUACAAAUUUCUACUCAAAGACGUUCCCACGGAAGAUUCAUAAGAUGGAGUCUCCUUCUUUUAAUAAAAAAUUGUAAAAAAAAAAGUACUUUCACACAUGGAUUUUAAGGUUUUCUCAGCAUCAAGAAGUCCAGAGACAUGUGUACAUAAGGCUGCCAUCUCUUUCUGAAAGUGUGAAAGCUCUCUGAUGCCGUCGUUUGCUUGACGGAGUAACAGCUGCCAGACUCAUGUCCAGUGUUAGAGGUCAUCAAUACAGCUGGUACAAAAUCUUCAGCCAUGAUAUUUGAUGAAUUAUGCGUUCAUCAUUCAGUUUGUUGCGCUGAUUCAAGCAGUUCUUUGAAGAAUGAAACGGCAUGAGAUGUAGUAAUUAGACAUACCGUACCCAUGUGUCAUCUUUUUAUUGAUUGCGACAUAAAUGUGUCAUAAAAUGGCCAGAAUCCACCUUGGAAAUUAAGGAAAUGUUUCUGAAUGAGGCAUACGUGUACCAUUUACAGAAUGCAGUACAGUGUAUACACAAGUUCAUAACACAAGGACUGCUUACUUUGUGUAUCCAAGUCAAGCCAAAUCUCUUGGCCUUCUUUAGCUGAUGGAUUUGCUCAGUUAUCAUGAAGAUGGUUUAGUUUGUUAUAUAACAGGUGGUUGUAUAGAUCGGGUGGGGGUGGUAUCAAAUAAUAGAAAUAAAUUAUCUAUUAGGCCGUGUGAUAACAAACUAAACAAUCACCAUGACAACUGAGCAACUUUAUCUGCAGAGGAAGGCCAUGAGAAGUUGUUAAAAGCUUUGGAAGGUCAAGAAUCAACCUUCAAGCUUAGUUUUGCUCUGUUGUGUUAGACACUAGUCUCAGCAAUGCAUUUAGUAAACUAGAGCUUAGGGCCAUUAGCAAUGCACUUGACAACCCACUACAGUUUGGCAUUUAAAGGGUUACUCCAGUGAUUUUGUAUUGCACUUUCAUAACGUUGGGUGACUCAAAAGAGACAGAUUAUUAAAAGAAUGAUAAACAUUUAAGCAGCAGAUUCUGAGAUGUCCUCACCUGUACUCUCUCGUAUGGGCCAAACUCCAAAAACACCGGAUCCUACAUUUCCCAUAAUGCAGUUCGAUAGUGUCUUUUAUUACACCCUAGGGAUGUCACGUUACCAGAAAUUUAGUAGUCAAUACCGUUACCAGUGAAAUUCCGCGAUUCUUGAUACCAAUUCAAUACCACGGUAAAAAACAAAAGUAAAACAUUAAAUCUCAUGUACUUCAACAUCC